UAGAAGUGGUGAAAGGGGAAGAAGUUAUGUUGAUUCCUUCUUGCUAUAAAUACGUCGUCUUUCUCACAGGAGAGGUCAGUUGAAACCAGGUAGAAUCAAGCCUCCGUUUCAAGGUGCAACCAUUCUGCUUCUUUGUUCUAGCACCCACCUGCUAGAUCAGAUGAAGGAGGAACCUUUACUGUGUUUUCUUUGGUUGGGUUACCGUUAAGACAAGUGUUGAGGGGUCUGAAUCUGAUUGGGUGUUUGUGACAAAAAUUGGAUGGGAAGGCGUCGUCAAGGAUGACUCUUUCUAGAUAAGCUUAUUGUCGUUAUUGUGAGGAUCGAUUCGAGGUCCCCAUUUGAGAGGAUGGGCUGCUUUUCGUGUUUCGAUUCGAGGGAGGACGUGAAGCUGAACCCUGAGAAAGAGAGCGACGAUCGGAGUCAAGGGCCUCUCUCAUCCGACAUUUCCAGAUUGGCCUCAGGAGUGGACAGACCACGAUUGAGAGGCAAUGCAGGAGUCAAAAGAGAACUACCUGGCCUUAAGGAUGCACCUGGUAUUGCUGCUCAGACAUUUACUUUCCGUGAGCUUGCAGCUGCAACGAAGAAUUUCCGGUCUGAGUGUUUCUUAGGAGAAGGGGGAUUUGGUCGUGUAUAUAAAGGACAACUUGAAAGUACUGGUCAGGUGGUUGCUGUUAAGCAGUUGGAUAGGAAUGGCCUUCAGGGUAACCGAGAAUUUUUGGUGGAGGUUCUCAUGUUGAGCCUUCUACAUCACCCUAACCUGGUGAAUUUGAUGGGGUACUGUGCUGAUGGUGACCAGCGUCUUCUUGUCUAUGAAUUUAUGCCCUUGGGAUCAUUGGAAGAUCACCUCCACGAUCUUCCUCCUGGGAAGGAGCCUCUGAAUUGGAACACUAGAAUGAAGAUAGCUGCUGGUGCUGCUAGAGGUUUGGAAUACCUGCAUGACAAAGCGAAUCCACCAGUUAUAUAUAGAGAUUUCAAGUCGUCAAAUAUAUUACUAGACGGGGGAUUCCAUCCAAAGCUUUCUGAUUUUGGGCUCGCAAAGCUUGGGCCAACUGGAGAUAAAUCGCAUGUUUCUACGAGGGUUAUGGGGACUUAUGGGUACUGUGCUCCCGAGUAUGCUAUGACUGGACAACUCACAGUAAAAUCUGAUGUCUACAGUUUUGGGGUGGUCUUAUUAGAGCUGAUUACUGGACGAAAGGCCAUUGAUGGUAGCCUUCCUCAUGGAGAACAGAAUCUAGUUGCAUGGGCACGUCCACUGAUCAAUGACCGCCGUAAGUUCUCUAAACUGGUGGACCCAAGUCUCCAGGGGCAGUACCCAAUGCGAGGGCUCUACCAGGCGCUUGCCGUGGCAUCCAUGUGCAUCCAAGAACAGGCGGCGGCUCGUCCUCUCACGAGGGAUGUAGUCACAGCUCUUUCUUAUCUGGCAAACCAAGCAUAUGAUCCGAACACGGCCGCUGGGCACGCAUACAGAGGACCCGGAGGUGUUAAGGAGGGUAAGAGCAGCGGAGACGAUCGGGGAGGAAGGAUCCUGAGGAACGAGGAAGGAGAAGGAUCAGGUCGUAGGUGGGAUUUCGAAGGGUCGUCAGAGAAAGACGAUUCUCCGAGAGACACGGUGAGGAUAUUGAACAAAGAUUUAGACAGGGAAAGAGCCGUGGCGGAGGCCAAGAUGUGGGGCGAGAACUGGCGGGAGAAGAGACGGCAGAGCGCACAAGGCAGUUUCGAUGGCUCUAACGGUUGACAUCUCAAGCCUUCUGUACCUUCGCUUCGAGCUCGGAUGGCGAUGCGUUACUUUGACAUGAUUCUUGCAUUUUGCUUGCCUGAGAAGCCAGAGAUUUUGAUGAGUUGUGAGGAACUUUUGAUAUUCCAUGUCUAAAUCACCCCCGGAAGAUCA